UCAGGAAAAAUGGCUCCCAAAUCUGGCGAGACACGGGAGUGAGGAGUCCUCUUCUUCCCCGGUGCUCACGUCUUCCGUCCAUUUCCACGUCUCCGACCAACCCCAUACCCAAUGCCCUCCAAACCCUAGCCCACAGCCCCUCCCCGCUGGCGGCCAUGCCGGAUCUGAGCACAGUCUACCUCCCUCCUUUCCCCGAACUCUCCGUCGACGCCGCGGGGGACCUCGCCGACGACCACGCCGGGGAUGCCGCCGCCGCCGCCGCAUCGAUCGACGCGGCGCCCGCGUCCGCGUCUUCGCCUGCCUCUGUGGACGGCGGCGGCGGCCCCCUCAUGCUUCCAAUGGAAUGUCGAUGGAGCGGCCGUGUCCGCACCUUCGACAUGGGGGGCGCGGACGCUGCGACCACCUGCCCGGCCGCGCGGCGCGGCGGCGGUGGCGGUGGCGGUGGCGGUGGGAAGAAGCCGUCACUUGCUCCGUCACCCGGGACGUCUCGGGCGCAGGCUCCAGCUCGGGGUCCGAUGCUCGAGAAACGCGUGAGCGAGUGGGUGGCUAGGAAGACAGCGGCCGGCGUCCCUGCCCACCACUGCGUGCUGCCUUUCCUCACCGGCGCGCCAAAGGCGGUCGAAUGCUGUUUGUGCUCCAAGACUAUUUAUGCUGGAGAAGAAAUAAAAUGUUCGGUUGCUCGCUGUCCAAAGGUGUUCCAUCUUAACUGUGUUGUGAAAGGUACUUCAAACUUCACCGCUGAAAGCUUCAGGUGCCCUCAACAUGCCUGUAUGGUUUGUAAGCAAAAGAUGUUCUUUUGGCGCUGUGGGCGUUGUACAGUUGCAGCACAUACGAAAUGUGCACCAUGGCCAGUGAUUCAUCUAAAAGACAAUCGAGGAAGUGCAAUUUGCUGGAGGCAUCCUUCCGAUUGGCUUCUGCAAAAUGAGAAUGCUGACUUUACCAACAGCAUAGAGGAAGUGUUUCGCCGGCUACCUCUUCCAUAUGUUAACGAAGAAUUCAAUAUUGAUUCAACCAUUAGGGAUUUUUCUGAGGCUGUUUACAAGCCACCCCCCUAUACGUCCAUCAGGCGCAAUGUAUAUUUGAUAAAAAAGAAGCGCACUAGUGUUCAUGUGGAUACUGGGUGCACGAACUGCAGAGCUGAUUCUACUUGCAAAGAAGAUUGUGAAUGCAGGGGUCUUUCGAUGAGUUGUUCCAAGAAUUGCCGCUGCUCAGAUCUAUGUACCAACAGGCCAUUCCGCAAGGAUAAGAAAAUUAAAAUUGUUAAGACAGAGCAUUGUGGAUGGGGUGCUGUUGCAUUGGAGCCAUUGGAGAAAGGUGAUUUUGUAAUUGAGUAUGUUGGUGAAGUCAUUGACGACGCCAUAUGUGAACAAAGGCUUUGGGAUAUAAGAACGCGUGGUGACAAAAACUUCUACAUGUGCGAAAUCAGCAAAGAUUUUACAAUAGAUGCGACAUUUAAAGGAAAUGUAUCACGUUUUCUAAACCACAGCUGUGACCCCAACUGUAAACUCGAGAAAUGGCAGGUUGACGGUGAGACAAGAGUCGGUGUCUUCGCCUCUCGUUCCGUCAAAGUUGGAGAUCCCUUAACCUAUGACUACAGGUUUGUGCAUUUUGGAGAGAAAGUGAAGUGCCAUUGCCAGGCACUAAACUGCCAGGGAUACCUGGGCAGUCAAAUAAAGAACCCAACUCAAAACUAUCUUGCAAUUGUAGCAGAGCAAGAACAGUUGAGGGAACAUUCGCCCACACAACGACGCAGCUCUGCUCCAAUAUUGGAGUCAAUGGCUCAUUUGUUACCCUGGGCCAACUGUACAGAGGCUUUUAACCUGAGAAGUAAAGGCAAAAUAAUCCGGCUAUGCUGGGCCGGCAAGAGGAAGAGAACAUCCCUCGCGGUAUCUUCAACAAGCAUGCCAACAUUGGUGAGUGAAGUUCCUGCUGCGGAUAUCUGAUUGCCCGAGCUCCUGCUGAAACAGCAGGCAUAUGCUCGUCCUGUACAAUAAUUUCAUGGUACAUUCUUUAUAUGCAUUGGUUGGAAACAAUUCUUUCACAUUGCUCAUCUAUGUUGUAACCUACCACAUUCUUUAUUUGAUCUCAUAGGGAAUUCAUUCAGUUUACAGUUGGUGGUUUGUGGAAACCAUGUACCCAGAUUUUCUGAUGCAACUAAUGUUAAGUUUCAUGUGAUGUUUGUUGCUGUCC